AUGUCGGUGUCCCCAGGGCUAGGUAGGCUGUGGUUGGGGGAUGGUGCUGCGAACAUCCCACUGCUGGAAGGGAACGCCGCGGUACGCGCUACACGCUGGGUCGCUGCUCCCGCACCUGUUGCGGGAGGUGGAGGCGUGGGCGCGAGAGGCAGGGCGCGCACCCGGCGCCGCGCGCUGCGGCUAAUCCCGCAGAGCCUCGGCGUCCGCUCUGCCCGGGCUGCGGCGGUGCAGGGAACCUGGCGUCCCUACCAGCCGCCCCUUUCCAAACUGUUUGAUCUCAAAGAAGGGAUGCCCUCUGCAUCUUUAUUAGUAAAUCUCCUCUCAGCUUUAUUCAUCCCUUAUGUGUUUGGAGAAACAGAAAUAAGGUUUGCCGGACAGACAACAUUUGUAGUUAAUGAAACAAGUACAACAGUUAUUCGUCUUGUCAUCGAAAGGAUAGGAGAGCCAGCAAAUGUCACCGCAAUUGUAUCGCUAUAUGGAGAUGACACUGGUGACUUUUUUGACACAUAUGCUGCAGCUUUUAUACCUGUUGGAGAAACAAAUAGAACAGUGUACAUAGCAGUAUGUGACGAUGACUUGCCAGAGCCCGACGAAACUUUUACUUUUCACUUGACAUUCCAGAAACCUUCAGCAAAUGUGAAGCUUGGAUGGCCAAGGACUGUUACUGUGACAAUAUUAUCAAAUGACAAUGCAUUUGGAAUUAUUUCAUUUAAUAUGCCUUUUUCAAUCACAGUGAGUGAACCUAGGGGCAGAAAUGAAUCUGUGCCUUUUACUCUCAUCAGAGAAAAAGGAACUUAUGGAAUGGUCACUGUGACUUUUGAAGUAGAGGGUGGCCCAAAUCCACCUGAGGAAGAUUUGAGCCCAGUUAAAGGAAAUAUCACCUUUCCCCCUGGCAGAGCAACAGUAGUUUAUAACUUGACAGUACUUGACGAUGAGGUACCAGAAAAUGAUGAAAUAUUUUUGAUUCAACUGAAAAGUGUAGAAGGAGGAGCUGAGAUCAACAUCUCUAGGAGCUCAGUUGAGAUAAUCAUUAAGAAAAAUGAUAGUCCCGUGAGAUUCAUUCAAAGUGUUUAUUUGGUACCCGAGGAAGAUCACAUACUCAUAAUUCCAGUGGUUCGUGGGAAAGAUGACAGUGGGAAUCUGAUUGGAUCUGAUGAAUAUGAAGUUUCAAUCAGUUAUGUUGUUAUAACCGGGAAUUCAACAGCACAUGCCCAGCAGAACUUAGAUUUCAUUGAUCUUCAGCCAACCACAACUAUUGUUUUUCCACCUUUUAUUCAUGAAUCACACCUAAAAUUUCACAUAGUUGAUGACACCAUUCCAGAGAUUGCUGAAUCAUUUCAUGUUGUAUUAUUAAAAGAUACCUUGCAGGGAGAUGCUGUGCUCUUAGGCCCUUCUACUGUGCAAGUCACAAUUAAGCCAAAUGACAAACCUUAUGGAGUCCUCUCAUUCAACAGUAUCUUGUUUGAAAGGACAGUGGUAAUUGAUGAAGAUACAACAUCAAGCUCUAGAUUUGAAGACAUUACAGUGGUUAGGAAUGGUGGCACCCAUGGGAAUAUUUCUGUGAACUGGGAAUUGACACGGAAUAGCAGUGAUGCUUCACCGGUAAUAGCAGAUAUCAGACCAAGUUCCGGAGUUCUCCAUUUUGCACAAGGGCAGAUGUUGGCAUCAAUUCCUCUUACUAUCAUUAAUGAUGAUUUUCCGGAAGAGGCAGAAGCUUAUCUACUUCGGAUUCUGCCUCAUACUAUAAGAGGAGGUGCAGAAGUGAGCGAACCAGCAGAGCUUUUGUUCUACAUUCAGGAUAGUGAUGAUGUUUAUGGCCUAAUAAUAUUUUUUCCUAUGGAACACCAGAAGAUUGAAAGCAGCCCGGGUGAACGAUAUUUAUCCCUGAGUUUUACAAGACUAGGAGGAACCAAAGGAGAUGUGAACAUGUUUUAUUCUGCACUUUAUAUUCCUGCUGGAGCUGUAGACCCUUUGCGAGCAAAAGAUGGCAUCUUAAAUACAUCCAGGAGAAAUAACCUCAUUUUUCCAGAGCAGAAAACCCAAGUUACUACAAAAUUACCAAUAAGAAAUGAUGCAUUCCUUCAAAAUGGGGCCCACUUUCUAGUAAAGUUGGAAACUGUGGAGUUGGUGAACAUAAUUCCCCCAAUCCCACCUAUAAGUCCUAGAUUUGGGAAAAUCCAAAAUAUUUCUUUAGUGGUUACUCCGGACAUUGCAAAUGGAGAAAUUGGCUUCAUUAGCAACCUUCCAAUCAUUUUGCAUGAACCAGAAGAUUCUGCUGCUGAAGUGGUCUACAUUCCCUUACAUCGAGAUGGAACUGAUGGCCAGGCUACUGUCUAUUGGAGUUUGAAGCUCUCUGGCUUUAAUUCAAAAGCAGUGACCCUGGACGAUAUAGGUCCCUUUAAUGGCUCUGUUGUGUUUUUAUCUGGGCAAAGUGACACAACAAUCAACAUUACGGUCAAAGCUGAUGAUACACCGGAAAUGAAUGAGACGGUAACACUUUCUCUAGACAGGGUCAGUGUGGAAAAUCAAGUGCUAAAAUCUGGAUAUACUAGCCGUGACCUAAUUAUUUUGGAAAAUGAUGAUCCUGGGGGAGUUUUUGAAUUUUCUCCUACAUCUAGAGGACCCUAUGUUAUAAAAGAAGGGGAAUCUGUAGAGCUCCAUAUCACCCGAUCCAGGGGAGCUCUGGUUAAGCAGUUUCUACACUACCGAGUAGAGCCGAGAGAUAGCAAUGAAUUCUACGGAAACACAGGGGUGCUAGAAUUUAAACCUGGGGAACGAGAGAUCGUAAUCACAUUGUUAUCAAGAUUGGAUGGGAUACCAGAGUUGGAUGAACACUACUGGGUGGUCCUCAGCAGCCAUGGUGAACGGGAAAGCAAGUUGGGAAGUGCCACGGUUGUCAACAUAACGAUUCUAAAAAACGACGAUCCUCAUGGGAUUAUAGAGUUUGUUUCUGAUGAUCUAAUUGUUAUGAUCAAUGAAAGUAAAGGAGACGAUACCUAUAGUGCUGUUUAUGAUGUAGUAAGAAAUCGAGGCAACUUUGGUGUUGUUAGUGUAUCAUGGGUGGUUUGUCCAGACUUUACACAAGAUGUGUUUCCUGUCCAAGGGACUAUUUUCUUUGGAGAUCAGGAAUUUUCGAAAAAUAUCACCAUUUAUUCCCUUCCAGAUGAGAUUCCAGAGGAAAUGGAGGAAUUCACCAUUACUCUACUUAAUGCCACUGGAGGAGCUAAGAUAGGAAAUAGAACUACUGCAACUCUGAGGAUUAGAAGAAAUGAUGACCCCAUUUAUUUUGCAGAACCUCGUGUGGUGAGAGUUCAGGAAGGUGAGACUGCUAACUUUACAGUUGUCAGAAAUGGAUCUGUGGAUGUUGCCUGCACUGUCCAAUAUGCUACCAUGGAUGGGAAGGCUACCGCAAGAGAGGGAGACUUUGUUCCUGUUGAAAAGGGAGAAGUGCUCGUUUUUGCGGUUGGAAAUAGGAAGCAGAGGAUAUCUGUCUUCAUUAAUGAAGAUGAUAUCCCAGAAACAGAUGAGUCUUUUUAUAUAAUCCUCUUUAAUUCAACAGGUGAUACAGUAGUAUAUCAAUAUGGAAUAGCUACAGUGAUAAUUGAAGCUAAUGAUGACCCAAAUGGCAUUUUUUCUCUGGAGCCCAUAGACAAAGCAGUAGAAGAAGGAAAGACUAAUGCAUUUUGGAUUUUGAGGCAUCGCGGACACUUUGGCAAUGUUUCUGUGGCUUGGCAGCUGUUUGAGAAUGAUUCUGCUUUGCAGCCUGGACAGGAGUUCUAUGAAACUUCAGGGAUUGUUAACUUUAUGGAUGGUGAAGAAGCCAAACCAAUAAUUCUCCAUGCUUUUCCAGAUAAAAUUCCUGAAUUCAAUGAAUUUUAUAUUUUAAAGCUUGUAAACAUUUCAGGUGCUGUGUUUUUCCACCUUUUUUAUUUUAUUGCUUAA